AUGAGGUGCGCAAGCAAGGCCGCCGAGAGCGCGUCCGCACGUCUCUGUGCGGACGCCGAAGCAGAAACCACAGCAACUGAUGUCUCAUCGGUUGCUGAAGCGACUCAGCCUGUGUCACUUGGUGAUGCAGGCGCUGGUCAUGAAGACACUCAUGUCUUCACAGAGUAUGAGCUCGGUGUCUUAUACUCUCCUGAUACGGAAGACGGAUCCGUAUCGACGGCGAUCGAAUCUAAGCCGCCUGCCAAGCGUGGCAUGGAUGAUGCUAUGCGUCGUAGCAUCUUUGGUUCAUCUGAUGAAUCAGAUGAACCAUCGCCGAAGCGAAGUCGCUCGAGGUCGCGAGACUCGGGCGCUAACAGUGGUGUCGGUUCUCCUAUUGACACCGCUUCACAGCGAGGUGCCAGUCCUUCUGUCGGCACAUCGCAGGAAGAGCGGGGCCGCAAUGUCUUGCGUCUCGCUCCAGAGAAGAAGGAUGGAUGCCUCCUAAAUCUGUCGUGGAUCACUUGUCGUCGACGACGAGUGAUCGUUAUCGAACACGGUGUUCGAUUCGUCAAGGAUCCAUCACCUUGA